AUGUCAUUAGCAGGUGCAUCGCCAUCUUCGGCAACAAAACGUACAGCUGAUACUAAUGUAACAAAUGGUGCAUCAGCCGUUAAGAAAGGUGGUGGUCAUUGGUCAACGGCCUUAACAUCGGCGGUGGAGGACGAAAGCGUUCAAGUGUAUAAAGAUGAUUUGUGUACAAUAAUCAAUGAUAAAUAUCCAAAAGCUAAACAUCACAUGCUUGCUAUGCCAAAUGAAUAUAUUGCAAAUUUGAAAUCAUUGACGUCAGCACAUGUUCCACUACUCAAACAUAUGCUACAAGUGGGAAAAGAAACGGCAAUGAAACUUCGUAAAGCUGGUGAUUCUUCUGAUGAAUUUCGUUAUGGUUAUCAUGCUAUACCAUCACUGUCAUUGUUACAUAUGCACAUCAUUAGUCAAGAUUUUAAAUCGGAUUGUUUAAAAACAAAAAAACAUUGGAAUUCGUUCACGACCAGUUAUUUUAUGGAUGCUGAAGAUGUCAUUGAUGAAUUACAAACACAUGGACAAGUUCAAGUUGAUUCUGCACCAUUUUACAGACUAUUAGAACAAGAACUGACAUGUCAUCGAUGUCAAGGUAAAUUUAGAACAAUGCCAAAAUUGAAAGAACAUAUUGAUCAACAUAGAUAA